UAGCCGCCAAGUUGAAGCCCGGCGCUGUGCACGGGGUGUCGGUGGUGGGGCAGGCGCCUGAGCUUCCGGCUGAUGCAUCCACCAGCAGCAGUUUUUCCCCAGAUUGGCCACUUGUCUCCACUUUAUAAUCGCUUUCUCUGAGUAGAUCGGAUACCUCCAUGAACGUAACAAAUGUAUCAGGAAAUGGCAUUGCUCACUGGGAAUGCAGAUCCCAAGUUCACUUCGUAUUCCUACAACAAUUUGGAAAACCUGUGCGAGGUGCAGACCAAGAAAGGAUUCUUCUAUAAAAAAGCCAAGCUUCUUCACCCUGGGGAAGACUUGUGCUGCUUGGCCCAUCUAGAGGACCGAACCAGGCAUGUGAUCAUCAAUGUAGGUGGCAUUAAAUACAGGAUUCCAUGGACCACACUGGAGAACUGCCCUUUGACCAGGCUUGGAAAACUAAAAUCUUGUAACAACUAUGAUGAGAUCAUGGACAUCUGUGAUGAUUAUGAUGUCAGCUGCAAUGAGUUUUUUUUCGACCGUAACCCUUGUGCCUUCAGGACCAUCAUGACUUUCCUGACAGCUGGGAAGCUGAGGCUUCUAAGGGAGAUGUGUGCCCUCUCUUUCCAAGAGGAGCUGGUGUAUUGGGGGAUAGAAGAGGAACACCUGGAGUGGUGCUGUAAGAAAAGAUUACGACAGAAGGAGGAGGAGGCAGCCGAGGCCACACUGUACGAGAGGGAGAUGAUGGUUAAUGAAACUCCGCAAUGUGCCUUCCAGGACAAUAGCCGUUUGGGUUUGUGCAUGAGAAAGCUCAGGGAUAUGGUGGAGAACCCUCACUCAGGGAUCCCAGGAAAGAUCUUUGCUUGUAUAUCAGUCUCCUUUGUGGCCAUCACUGCAGUGAGUCUCUGUAUCAGCACCAUGCCAGAUCUCCGAGAAGAGGAAGAGCGGGGUGAAUGUUCUCAGAAGUGCUACGACAUCUUUGUGUUGGAGACCGUUUGCGUUGCUUGGUUUUCCUUUGAGUUCCUCCUGCGCUCCAUUCAGGCAGAAAGCAAGUGCGCCUUCCUGAAGACCCCCCUCAACAUCAUCGACAUCUUAGCCAUCUUGCCUUUCUACAUCUCUCUGAUAGUGGAUAUGGUCUCCGCCAAAAACAGCAACAGGAAGCCUGGCAGUGGAGCAGGAAACAAGUACUUGGAGCGAGUGGGCCUAGUUCUACGCUUCUUGCGGGCUCUCCGCAUCCUGUAUGUCAUGAGGCUGGCACGCCAUUCACUGGGACUGCAGACACUUGGACUCACUGUGCGCCGCUGCACCAGGGAAUUUGGACUCCUCCUCCUCUUCCUUUGUGUUGCCAUGGCGCUCUUUUCUCCACUGGUUUUUUUGGCAGAGAGCGAACUGGGAGCCAAGCAAGAAUUCACUAGCGUUCCCACCAGCUAUUGGUGGGCUGUAAUCUCCAUGACAACUGUAGGCUAUGGAGACAUGGUACCUCGGAGCAUCCCGGGACAGGUAGUAGCCCUGAGCAGUAUCUUGAGUGGUAUUUUGCUGAUGGCUUUUCCGGUCACUUCUAUCUUUCACACUUUUUCCCGCUCCUACACAGAGCUAAAGGAACAGCAGCAGCGAGAUGCAAGCAGACAGUUGCACCAGCUAGAGGAAACCACCAGAUCCCCAAAUGGUGACAGUUCUCAGGGAUUGGGUACCUCCUCCCCACUAGACGCAGCAGGUGCGUGGCAUCAGCCAGCAGUGACCCAGGAAGACAAGAGGAGGUGUUGACCGCAAACAACUAAAAGACUUAGCCAGCAGCACUGAACUAGCAAAUGAGAGAGUUCCAGAUCUGAAACAAAACCCUAUGGAACGAACAUAAAUCAGGGUAUACAGUGAGAUCUGUACAAGAGACUGUCCUUCUUGAGUAACUUUUAGUGUCUCUAAAAACAACGUGGAGUACCAUUCUGCUCCCUCUUUUGUAGAAGGCUGCUUUCGUUAAGCAACUGAUUUUGGGCAGCCCCCAAGGAGCAGGUGCUUAAGCCAGGUUUCCACUGUGUCCGCUAACAAGAAAAAAUAAAUUUGGAGAGAGAAUUCAUCCUAAGGGCCCAUUGCUGGGGGAAAUAAGGGUGCCAUUUACUGUACAUAAGCUUCCUGGUGGCCCUACUCUGUGCUGAGAAUGUCCCCAAGCCCUUAUUCCCUAUGCACAAUGGAUUCAAUCUACGUGGCACCCCCAUGGGGUGUAUAUCUUCAAAUGUAAAGGGGAAAGUUGAAAGAUGGGGGAGAGAGGCCUGCCUGGCCCAGCAGACGGACAAAUUUAUCCCUAUUCCCUGGUCUUUUAAUAAAUAGCGAUUAUUUAUUUAUUUAUUAAAUUGGGAACCAUAAUCUGGGCUUCCUGCUGACAGGACUGACUUGUGCUCUUGCUCUUUCUGCAUUAUUUAGUAAAGAUGCAUAUCUAAAAUAGUAGGCUUUGCACUUUAGCCCUGAUGACAGAAAUAUACAUGGAUAACCUUGUUAAUGAAACUGAACAUCAACUUGUUUUCCUUUGCUCACAUUUGCAUAUAGCUUAAAAAAAAACCCAAAAUGUGUUCUUCUGUUAGCCUCCUCCUUCCUGUGUUUUAAAGACUGUUUAACCUUUAAGCAAAAAUUAAAAGCACCUGCCCAGUAGGGGUAGCCUUAUGGGUUGGGAAUAGUUGCAGAGACUCAUGUCUACAUAGUUUUCUGCAGUGGUACUUUGAAGACUGCAGCUCUAAACAAAGGGCUUGAUCCAAACCCGUUAAGUCAAUGGGAGACUUUCCAUGGACUUUGGGGAUCAAGCCCCAAAGCAGCAGCUGUCCCACAUGUUAGGGAAUAAUCUUGGGAAGAGAUGAUCUUUUCAGACCCAGGUUACAACUGUCCAUCCCUCCCUUCCCCCUAGUUUUCAUUCCAAAAGAUUACUACAUUUAAACAAAAAGUCUGUGCCACAAAAACUCAACCAUUUUUUGUUUACUGAAUCAAAGUUUUCAUAUCAUGAGCAUCUGUGAGCUCUCUGCCUCAUGCUGCUCCUCCUUCGCUGUGUACCUGGUUCAGUUCAGCGUGUAGCGUACAUCUGGACAUAUUCCUAAUACUGGAUAUCAUUUAAGAAAAACAACAUUGAUGGCCACCUCAUUCUUUACUGAUGUAGGAACAUUACACUGCCCUUUUCUGUUCCACCCCUGCUGUCAGGAAAUGAACAAAUACUCUUAUAUUACAGAUGGGGUUUUUUUCCCCAAUGGAGACGAGAAUAACCCUACACUAGUAGAUGACUGUAGUAAGCCAUUCCUCAAAGGAAUGGACUGAAAGACAUAAAAGGUUGUUUUAUUUUAAUAAAAACUGGAAGUUUUGUUUCUGUAUUGUUGCAUUGGCUUUUCUUUUCCUUUUGAGGCAGUGCCAUGUGCUCCAAUGUCCCCACAGCUGACAGUAGCCAUUUGCUCUUCCUGGCCCAUUUUAAACAUUGGCCAUUAUCAGAACAACGGGUCAAGGAAUUUGAAAAACCUGUUUAAUUUAUGGUUAAUUUAAAAAACAAGAUGAAAAGCUGAGCUGGCAAACAC